UUUCAUUUCCUGAUUGCAGACGUCCUUCAGGCAGACGACUAGCAACAACACCCAGAGAGAGAAGUUGCAAAGCUGCAAUACCGUUCCUUGUGCCACCAACAUGAAGGAAAUUGUGCAAUUGGCUUUUGUGUUGUUUGUCUUGGCGAGCGGGCACAGGGUUCAGCAACAGGGCAGCGUGGCGAGAGGAAUUCUCCAAGGUAAAUUUAUGAUGGGAAUGGCACCGGAGGAUUCCCAGCUGACCGUCAGUUCCGCCAUUCCCGAAAUUCCAAAAUCCUUGCCAGAACUUACGCCAAUGGAUAUCGCCAGUAAUACCAUCGAAGACAUGAUGCACGUCGUGGAAAUGGAGGACCCGAAGGACCCUCUCAUGGGCGGGCUGCAGGAUGUCAUGAGGGACGUGAAGGAGACCCGACAGCAACAGGAACAGCCACAGGUCACGACGAGGCUGUCUGGCAGUGAGGGGGCCAUGGCUGACGCCUUCGAGGAGAGGGUGAGGGUCCUCCUGGCUGCCAGCGGCGUCGAGACCGUGCUUCCCUUCGACUGCGGGAGGAAUCCCCAGAACCCAGACGAGCCGUUGGAAGGCCCGCCCAUGCCGUGGAUCGCCGCCCUCGGAUCGAGCGAAGACGGGCGGUUCCACUACCGGUGCACUGGGGCCGUUAUAAGCCGCUUCCAUAUCCUCACGGACGCCGACUGUGUGGCCUCGCCCAACAUAAACCUCGUGCAGUUCAACGUGAGUCGCCGUGUACCGGACCCCAACGCCAUCCAGAACUACGUGGUCGGGCGUAGGAUUCAUCCCAUGGUGAAAGGAAAGGAGGACCUGCUCAGCGGUUAUAACGUGGGGCUCCUCGAACUGGCCUUUCCUGUGGAGUUUAACGAAUACAUCCAACCGGUUUGA